AUGCCAAGAUUAAAUAAAGAAAAAAAUCUGAAAAAUAGAAAUAGUUCUUUAGGUAGUAGAAAGGGUUCUUUAAAGAAAAAAAAUAAAAAUAAAAAAGAUAUUUAUGAUCAGACUAGUAAAUAUUUUCUUAAAGAUUUUUCUAAAGAGAAUAUAUCUUUAGGCGAUAAAAGUGUAGUUAAUUCUUUAGAUUUUCAUCUUCAGGAUCCCGAUGAAAGCUCAGUAGAUUGGGAGGAUAUGGAAAUUGAUCAAGAUUUAUUAAUGAAAAAUGAAAUUUUUGUGAAAAAUUGUGAUGAAGAUCUUAAUAUUAUUUUAAAUGCCUCAAAAUAUCCAAAAUUUCAAAAAGUCUAUAGAAAAACUUUGAAUGCAUGUUAUUUACAACGGAGCGUUAGAAUUCAAAUGCAUUUACUUCAUUUAGCAUGUUUGAUUUCUCAUGGAUUUCUAAGGAAUAAAUGGAUUAAUGAUAUAGAAACACAAAAUAUUUUACGGAAUAAAUUUAAGGAUGAAUGUCCUUUGCUUUUCAUGCAGAUUGAAGAAUAUAAGCAGGGAUUUUCUAGCCAACAAUUAGGAUCUGAUGAUUUGGGAAAAAUAUUAUUAUCUAUUUUACAGUGGUUUAAACGGAAAUUUGAAAUAAUUGCUUUGGGAAUAGGAAGAGGCUCUUGUCAUUUUAAAGAAUAUGGGUUUAGUUUAGAAAAUUGCACACAUUUAUUUGAAAUUAUUAAUUCAAUCUUUGAAUUUCGUAAAAUUGCGUUGUUUUUAAAAGGUAGCAGGGAUUCUGGUGUUCAAAUACUUACAUCUCUGCUGAGGGCUUUGGGUUUUAAUGCUAGACUUAUUUUCUCAUUACAACCUUUAGGUUUAAAUUUUAACUCAAAAUAUCAAAUUUAUGAGGAAGAAUGUUAUAAAUCAAUGGCUUGUGCUCUGAAUAAUGGAUCAGGGAAUUUCAAAAAAGUGCAUAUUAUAAGUUCUAAGAAUGAAUUGGAUAAUAUUUCAACUAAGUUUAAAGAGGAUUUAUCUCUUAAUAAAGCUAAAUUAAUAUCUGAGUUUAGUUUUCCUUAUCCUGUCUUUUGGACUGAAGUUUAUGAUAUUAAUACAACUACAUGGUAUUCUGUUGAGUGCAUGGUUUUAAAUUGUGUUGUUGCAUUUUCAGAUAGAAGUGCUUUCAUACCUAAAGGAAAAAUGCUUAUUGAAACUAAAAUGAAUGCAAGUUAUAUUGUGGCUUUUGAAGUUGAUGGAUAUGCGAAAGAUGUUACGCUUAAAUAUGCAAAUAAUAUUUUAAAACUUAAUAGAAUAAAACUUCCCGUUUCUCAAAAGGAUAAAUAUGUUUCAUUUGAAAAACUUCUUAAUAUAUUUAAAAGACCAUUCUCAUCAGAUAUAGAUUUUAAAGAAAAUAGUGAUUUGCAGUCAAAAAUAUUAUGUAAAAAAAUAGAUAGUAUUACUAUAAAUGAAUAUAGGACUCAUCCAGAUUAUAUUCUUGAGCGUCAUCUUAAAAGGGAAGAAAUUAUUCGUCCUGGAGCAUUUCCAAUAUAUGUAUUUAUGCAUGGUAAAGGGGAUAAGUUAAAGGAAGAAAAAGUUUUCAAUAGAUCUGAUAUUUUAUUGUGCAAAUCUGUUGAAUAUUAUUAUCGAAAAGGUAGACAGAUAAAAUCGGGCGAAUUACCUCUUAAGAUUGUCAAACCAAGGAGUGUUACUCUAAGGCGAAGACGAGAAAAUGAAUUUAUUGCUUCUGAAACUAAUGAAGUUGCUAUUCAACCAUUGUACGCAGAAUUUCAAACAGAAUUAUAUAUUCCUCCUCCUGUGGUUAAUGGGGUUGUUCCAAAGAAUAAAUAUGGGAAUACAGACUUGUUUACUGAUUCUAUGAUACCUGAAGGUGCUACACAUUUGCCCUAUACUGGAAUUGGAAAAAUUGCAAAGAGACUAGGGUUUGAUUAUUCUGAUGCUGUUACUGGAUUUGAAUUUAAAAGUCAACGUGCAAUUCCUAUUAUAACAGGUAUUUUGGUCGCUACUGAAAAUGCUGAUGCGUGUUUCGAGGCAUGGAUAUUUGAUAAACAAAAAAAGAAUGAAAAGGAAUUAAAAAAACGUGAAAAAGAAGUGCUUGGUAGAUGGAGGAAAUUUCUUUUAGGUUUAAAAAUACGCGAUCGUAUUGAAAAUUUGUAUGGUAAUGGUUAUGAUACUCAUUUUGAAAUUAUAUCUACAAAAAAUGAUUAA